AUGGCGCCCGUGAACGGCGAGGACUGCGACCUGGGGUCGAGCGCUGCGUCAGAUUCAGGGAGUUUUGUAGCUUCUAGAUCCCGGCGAGAAAAGAAAUCAAAGAGAGGGCGCCAGGAAGCUCUAGAAAGACUGAAAAGGGCUAAAGCUGGUGAGAAGUAUAAAUAUGAAGUUGAGGACUUCACAAGUGUUUAUGAAGAAGUUGAUGAAGAACAGUAUUCGAAGCUGGUUCAGGCCCGCCAGGAUGAUGACUGGAUCGUGGAUGAUGAUGGUAUCGGCUAUGUGGAAGAUGGCCGAGAGAUUUUUGAUGAUGACCUUGAAGACGAUGCCCUUGAUUCUCAUGAGAAAGGAAAAGAUGAUAAAGCACGUACCAAAGACAAGAGGAAUGUAAAGAAGGCUGCGGUGACAAAACCAAACAAUAUCAAGUCAAUGUUCAUUGCUAGUGCUGGGAAGAAGACUGCAGAUAAAGCUAUAGACUUGUCCAAGGAUGAUCUGCUAGGUGACAUUCUACAAGAUCUGAACACUGAGAAACCUCAAAUAACUCCACCACCUAUAAUGAUACCAAAGAAGAAAAGAUCCAUUGGAGCUUCACUGAAUCCUUUCUCUGUGCACACCUCCAAGGCAGUUCCUUCAGGAAAAACUGCUUCCCCUGUCUCAAGGAAGGAGCCUCCGUUAACUUCAGUUCCUCUUAAAUGUGCUGAAUUUGCUGGAGAGCCGCUGCCAGCGUUGUGUAUAGAUGACAAGGAGGACUCAGGAGCAAUGGAUUUUGAAGAUGGUGACUUUGAUGAGCCCAUGGAGGCUGAGGAAGUGGAUGUGGAGCCUGUGGCUGUCAAGACUUGGCACCAAGAGAGUGAGCCAGCAGAGGGGGUGAAACGUGAGGCAGAUCCUGGGAAAGGGACCACGUCCUACUUGGGAAGUUUUCUCCCAGAUGUUUCUUGUUGGGACAUUGAACAGGAAGAUGACAGCAGUUUCUCAGCCCAGGAAGUCCAAGUGGAUUCCAGUCACCUCCCACUGGUCAAAGGGACAGACGAGGAGCAAGUGUUUCAGUUUUAUUGGCUGGAUGCUUAUGAAGAUCAGUACAACCAACCAGGUGUGGUAUUCCUGUUUGGCAAAGUUUGGAUCGAAUCCGCCAAAACCCAUGUGAGCUGUUGCGUCAUGGUGAAAAACAUCGAGCGAACACUCUACUUCCUUCCCCGAGAAACGAAAAUUGAUCUAAAUACAGGAAAAGAAACAGAAACUCUAGUUACAAUGAAGGAUGUUUAUGAUGAAUUUGAUGAGAAAAUAGCAGCAAAAUAUAAAAUCAUGAAGUUCAAGUCCAAGCCAGUGGAAAAGAACUAUGCUUUUGAGAUACCUGAUGUUCCAGAAAAAUCUGAGUACUUGGAAGUUAGAUACUCGGCUGAAAUGCCACAGCUUCCUCAGGAUUUGAAAGGAGAAACUUUUUCUCAUGUAUUUGGGACCAACACAUCCAGCCUGGAAAUGUUCUUGAUGAACAGAAAGAUCAGAGGACCUUGUUGGCUCGAAGUGAAAAAUCCACAGCUCUUGAAUCAGCCAGUCAGUUGGUGUAAAGUUGAGGCAAUGGCCUUGAAACCAGACCUGGUGAAUGUGAUUAAAGAUGUUGGUCCUCCUCCACUUGUGGUCAUGUCUUUCAGCAUGAAGACAAUGCAGAAUGCAAAGACACAUCAAAAUGAGAUUAUUGCUGUGGCAGCUUUGGUCCAUCACAGCUUUGCAUUAGAUAAAGCACCCCCACAGCCUCCCUUCCAGUCGCACUUCUGUGUUGUAUCUAAACCAAAGGACUGUAUUUUUCCAUAUACUUUCAAAGAAGACAUUAAGGAAAAGAAUGUGAAGGUUGAGAUUGCUGCAACAGAAAGAACAUUGCUAGGUUUUUUCCUCGCCAAAGUUCACAAAAUUGAUCCUGAUAUCAUUGUGGGUCAUAAUAUUUAUGGAUUUGAACUGGAAGUGCUCCUGCAGAGAAUUAAUGUGUGCAAAGUUCCUCACUGGUCCAAGAUAGGUCGACUGAAGCGAUCCAACAUGCCAAAGCUUGGGGGCAGGAGUGGAUUUGGUGAAAGAAAUGCUACCUGUGGCCGAAUGAUCUGUGAUGUGGAAAUUUCAGCAAAGGAAUUGAUUCGUUGUAAAAGCUACCAUUUGUCUGAACUUGUUCAACAAAUCCUGAGAACUGAAAGGGUUGUAAUCCCGAUGGAAGAUGUACGAAAUAUGUACAGUGAAUCUUCUCAUCUGUUGUACCUGUUGGAACACACCUGGAAAGAUGCCAGGUUCAUUUUGCAGAUCAUGUGUGAGCUAAAUGUUCUUCCAUUAGCAUUGCAGAUCACUAACAUCGCUGGGAACAUUAUGUCUAGGACGCUGAUGGGUGGACGAUCCGAGCGUAAUGAGUUCUUGUUGCUUCAUGCGUUUUAUGAAAACAACUAUAUUGUGCCUGACAAGCAGAUUUUCAGAAAGCCUCAGCAAAAACUGGGAGAUGAAGAUGAAGACAUAGAUGGAGAGGCCAAUAAAUACAAGAAAGGACGUAAGAAAGCAGCUUAUGCUGGAGGCUUGGUAUUGGACCCUAAAGCUGGUUUUUAUGAUAAGUUUAUUUUGCUCCUGGACUUCAAUAGUUUGUAUCCUUCCAUCAUUCAGGAAUUCAACAUUUGUUUUACAACAGUGCAAAGAGUUGCUUCAGAGACACACAAAAUUACAGAGGAUGGAGAACAAGAACAGAUCCCUGAGCUGCCAGACCCAAACUUAGAAAUGGGCAUUUUGCCCAGAGAGAUCCGGAAGCUGGUAGAGAGAAGAAAACAAGUCAAACAGCUAAUGAAACAGCAGGAUUUAAAUCCAGACCUUGUUCUUCAGUAUGACAUUCGACAGAAGGCUUUGAAGCUCACAGCAAACAGUAUGUAUGGCUGCCUGGGAUUUUCCUACAGCAGAUUUUACGCCAAACCACUGGCUGCUUUGGUGACAUACAAAGGAAGGGAGAUUUUGAUGCAUACAAAGGAGAUGGUACAGAAGAUGAAUCUUGAAGUUAUAUAUGGAGAUACAGAUUCAAUUAUGAUAAACACCAACAGCACUGAUCUGGAAGAAGUAUAUAAAUUGGGAAACAAGGUAAAAAGUGAAGUGAACAAGUUGUACAAACUGCUUGAAAUAGACAUUGAUGGUGUUUUCAAGUCUCUGCUACUGCUGAAGAAAAAGAAGUAUGGUGCUCUGGUUGUUGAGCCAACGUCAGAUGGGAAUUACUCCACCAAACAGGAGCUGAAAGGGUUAGAUAUAGUUAGAAGAGAUUGGUGUGAUCUUGCUAAAGAAACUGGAAACUUUGUCAUUGGCCAGAUUCUUUCUGAUCAAAGCCGAGACACUAUAGUGGAAAACAUUCAGAAGAGGUUAAUAGAAAUUGGAGAAAAUGUGCUAAAUGGCAGUGUCCCAGUGAGCCAGUUUGAAAUUAACAAGGCAUUGACAAAGGAUCCCCAGGAUUACCCUGAUAAAAAAAGCCUACCUCAUGUACAUGUUGCCCUCUGGAUGAAUUCUCAAGGGGGCAGAAAGGUGAAAGCUGGAGAUACCGUGUCGUAUGUCAUCUGUCAGGAUGGGUCAAACCUCACUGCAAGUCAGAGGGCCUAUGCACCUGAGCAGCUACAGAAACAGGACAAUUUAACCAUUGAUACCCAGUACUACCUGGCUCAGCAGAUCCACCCAGUCGUGGCUCGGAUCUGUGAGCCAAUAGAUGGAAUUGAUGCUGUUCUCAUUGCAACAUGGUUAGGACUCGACCCCACCCAGUUUAGAGUUCAUCAUUAUCAUAAGGAUGAGGAGAAUGAUGCCCUCCUUGGUGGCCCAGCCCAGCUCACUGAUGAGGAGAAAUACAGGGACUGUGAAAAAUUCAAGUGCCCAUGCCCUACAUGUGGAACAGAGAAUAUUUACGAUAGUGUCUUGGACGGUUCGGGAACUGAUACGGAGCCCAGCUUGUAUCGCUGCAGUAACAUUGAUUGUAAGGCUUCACCUUUGACCUUUAUGGUACAGCUGAACAACAAAUUGAUCAUGGACAUGAGACGUUGCAUUAAAAAAUACUAUGAAGGCUGGUUGAUUUGUGAGGAGCCAACGUGUCGCAAUCGAACUCGGCGCCUUCCCCUUCAGUUCUCCCGAAAUGGGCCUGUUUGCCAAGUCUGCAUGAAAGCUACACUUCGGCCAGAGUAUUCUGACAAGUCCCUGUACACCCAGCUGUGCUUUUACCGGUACAUUUUUGAUGCGGACUGUGCACUGGAGAAACUUACCACCGAUCAUGAGAAAGAUAAGUGGAAGAAGUUUUUUACCUCCAAAGUUCGUCAGGACUACCAAAAACUCAAGAACACGGCGGAGCAGUUCUUGUCCCGGAGUGGCUACUCGGAAGUGAACCUCAGCAAACUCUUCGCUGACUGUGCCGUGAGGCCGUGAGGGAGGCCCAGAAGUUGGCGGCAGGGUGGGUGAAGAAAGACGCCCGGCUUCCUGGCAACUCCACCACCUCCGCCCAGGCCCUGCCUGCUUCUCAGGCAUCCUGUUUCCUUUAGGACCGUGCCUCGUGUUUGGGC